AGCUGCUACCUGGGCUGCCAGAGUUGGAGGGAGUCAGAGCUGGGCUCCGGGGGAGAUGGCAGCGGAGAGAUCCCGAGAGAGCGCACUGCGGCCCCAUGUCUCAGCCAGGGCUCUCUUCCCCAGCUCCCACCUGUGGAUGUGAUGGCAGCGCUGGCUCUGUCCUGCUAUCUGUCCCUCCUUGUCUUCCUCCUGGCCCUGGCCAUCCCUCAGGAAUUCACAGCGACAGAUGCAGACACCCCCAAGCUCACAUGCUUCUACAACUCAAAAGCCAACAUCUCCUGUGCCUGGAGCUGGGACGGGGACCCACAGGCCUCGUCCUGCAAGAUCCAUGCUCGGCCAGAUAGACGGCCUUGGAACAGAUCCUGCGAGCUGCUCCCACUGAGCCCGGCGCUCUGGGUCUGUCACCUGAUUCUUGGAUCCCCAGAUGCUCAGAGUCUGACCGCGGCUGACAUUGUCAAAAUGAGCGUGAUAUGCCACGAAGGGGGGAGGUGGAGGACACUGAUGACCCAUGACUUCAAGCCCUUUGAGAAUCUUCGCCUGAUGGCCCCCGACUUACUCCAAAUCACCCACGUCGGGACCCACAAAUGCAACAUAACCUGGAAAGUCCCGCAGUCCUCCCACUACAUUGAAAGUUACCUGGAGUUUGAGGCCCGGACAAGGUCCCCAGGCCACAGCUGGGAGGAGGCCUCCGUGCUGAUCCUCAGGCAAAACCAGCAAUGGAUUUGCCUUGAGACACUUACUCCAGGCACCUUGUAUGAAUUUCAAGUGCGGGUCAGGGCCCACCUAGGCAGUCACAAGGCUUGGAGUCCCUGGAGUCAGCCCCUGGCCUUCAGGACGAGGCCUGCAGAAAAGCAGACUCUGUCCUUUCCUGGGUUUGUCAUCGUGGGCAUCUGCAGCGUCUUCAUCUUUCUCGUCUUGGUCUACUUGUUGGCCAACUGUCCGUACAUCGGACCGUGGCUGAAGAAGGUUCUGAAGUGCCACAUCCCAGACCCGUCAGAGUUCUUUUCCCAGCUGAAGUCAGAGCAUGGAGGAGAUUUCCAGAAGUGGCUCUCCUCGCCCUUCCCCUCGUCAUCCUUCAGUCCCAAUACCCAGGCACCCGAGAUCUCCCCGCUGGAGGUGCUGGACCAGGACACCAAGGCCACACAGUUGCUCCUGCUGCAGCAGAAGGGGCCCUCACCCUUGGCCGAGACCAGUGGCCACUCGCUGACCAGCUGCUUCACCAACCAAGGUUACUUCUUCUUCCACCUCCCGGACGCUCUGGAGAUCGAGGCCUGCCAGGUGUACUUCAGCUAUGACCCCUGCACAGAAGAGUCCGAGGAGGGCGGGGCUGGGGCACCUGACGGGUCUCUCCUUCCACCCCUGCCACCCCUGCCAGCAGAAGACGAUGCCUACUGCACCUUCCCCCCUGGGGAUGACCUACUUCUCUUCUCUCCCGGGCUCCUGGGUGGCCCCGGCCCCCCCAACACCAUGGCCAGGGGCACUGGAGCCUGUGAAGAGAAGCUGCCCCCCUCUCUGCAGGAGGGAGCUCCCCAAGACUGGGCCCCCCAGGCCUUGGUGCCUCCCAACCCAGGAACAUCUGACCCGGGGGAUAGCCAGCCACCGCUGGAGCGUGCCCUGGGAGAAGCAAGAGAGGAGGUCCCGGCCCCUGGCCCCAGGGAGGGGAUCGGCUUCCCCUGGGCUAGACGGCCCGGGCGAGGCCAGGUCGGAAACCCUGCCUCCUGCCUGACCCUGAACACCGAUGCCUAUGUGUCUCUCCAAGAGCUGCAGGAGCAGGACCCGGCUCACUUGGUGUAGACAGACAAGGCAGGCCACUGCCCACUGUUGUGCCAGCCCCGGGUGAGGACUCUUUGUCCUCAAGGCUUGUCUGCUGCCAAGUCACCCAGUGCCUCGCUGCCCCCUGGACAUCCCUGCCCUGAGGGCCCCCACCCAGCCUUGCCCAUUCAGGCAUUCAUUUCCAAAUGGCAACUGCUGCUCCCUGGUCCUGUGGCCCAAGCCAGGAAUUGCAGUGGGUGGGGACACUGUGACUCCCCUUAGCUGUCACGGAGUCCCAUGGCUUUUGCCUCUAAAGCAUCCCUCCUCUGGAGCCCUGCAAGGACUCUUCAGGGAGAGUUCUCGGGGUUCUCCAGGGAUCUUCACCGUGUUCCCCUCACUGGGCUUCCUGCCCCAGUCCCACCCCCUCCUGCCCAUCCUCCACAGGGCAGCCAGAGCGCUCUCUCCGAACCACAAACCAUAUGGCUCUGCUGCCCCUUGUUUAAAGCCCACCAUGGCUCCCUGCUGCCCUCCGCACCACUUCUUGGCCUGGCUCUUGCUCCCCCGGCAUCAUGUUGGGACAUUCCCUUCUAGAACCCUCCCAGUGGUCCUACUGAGCCACCAGCAGCUCCCUCACGCCCCCACACAUUUGCCCAUGCUGUUCCCUGUACCUGUGGUGCUCUCUCCUCCCUCAUCCAGGUGACCAAUCCCCUAUGCCUCAAGGGUCCUUUCUGCUUCCUUUGGAGAGAAACUCUGCAUCCAUUAAUGCACCCGAACUUCAAGCUUCAAUAUUACGGGAUGGCUAGACAAAGUGGCCCUGUCACUUCGCCCUUGGGAUCUCUUGUGACCUCAGAAUCCUUAGCUACUGCGUCCUUUCCACUGUGGCCCAAUUUGUGAUGCGAAUCCCCUGGGGAAAGCAGACACUGGCUGGAUCUUUCCAUUGUGGUUUCAUGGAUUGGUAAGGCAUGCUGCUGGGAAGUAAACCUCUCCUAGUGGCUGCUUCUGAGGCUGUCACAGGGCGUCUAGACCUCUCUUGGAGAGAUCUCUUCCACAACUCAGGGGGCUGGCAUGCUGCGUCCAGAAGGGCAACUCGCUUGGCACCCCUAUCCUAUUCCCUGUAGUGAACUAUCUGGGACCACCUUGCUUGGACUCCCUGUGCCCGGCUGCCUUUACACAGGGGCCAUCGUCCUCUUCUGAGGUCAAGACUCAGAGAGGCGAAGCCCCAGGCUCACUAGGCUCCAGCAUGCCCAUUCCAGCAAGAGCCUCGUCCCCUUUCACCGCAGUCCUCCCCGCAGCACAAACACAAGACUCACGCCCCGCAGCACAAACACAAACUCACACAGCUGACCCCUUCCUCCUCGGUUCUCCCCAUCACCUCUCCACUUCUCUUCCUUCUGUCCCUGGCACAGAUCACACCUGUGAUG